AUGUGGGCGCCUGGGCCAGCCGUUGCAGCCGCCGUGGGGCGACCCGCCGCGCGGCGGCUGCUGACGCUGGGCGGGCGCGGGGGAGCGGCCAGAGGGCGGCCCCGGUGGUUCUGUGUCCCAGCGGGGCCGCCGGGCGAGCAGCCGCUGUCCCGGAAGCGCCUGGCCCUGACCGCGUUGGGCGUCGGAGCCGCCGCAGGCUGCAUGGGGACGUGGUUCGAGAUGAGUCACGGGGUCGUCUGCAUCCCGGUGUUGACCUUGCCGCCGCUGGCACUGUCUCAGCAGAUCGCCGUCGGCACCACCGUCUUCGGCGUGGCGGCGCGGCAGGUGCUGGCCGCGACGCUGUCGGCGAUGGAGCCAGACGCCCAGGCCCUGGACCUCGACUGGCUGGCGCAGGUCGUGGACGUGGAGGCCGUUGGGGUGCUCACGGCGACCGGCACGGCCGCGGCCCUGGCGGGCUCCGCGCUGGCGGCGCGGCUGUCGCCACAGCACAUGCGGCGGUUGAACGGCCUCUUCCUCAUCGGCGUCGCCACCUUCGUGCAGUACCGGAGCUUCCGCGUGAACGCCGAACUGGAGCAGGAGGAGGCUGGCGAGGCGACGGAGCAGACGCCCGCGCCCCUGCCGGCGGGCCAGGCGCCCCCCCCGGCGGGCGCAUCCGAGGCCGCGCGGCUGGUGCUCCUCGGCGCGGCGUCCGGGGCGUGCCUGGGCCUGUUCGGCAUCGGGCCUGCGUGGAUGCUGGCCCCCGUGCUGACGGCCACCGCGCCGCCCGGGCAGCUGGGCUCCAAGGAAGCGUCCGCGCCGGUCGCCUCGCCGGGCGCGGCCGCGGCUGCCCUGCGCGCCGCGGCGAGCGGCGACCCCCAGCCGACGUUCGAUCCAGACGUCGCCAGCGACGCGGCGGCGGCGGCCGCGGGGAUGCUCGGUGCGACGGGCACGGACGAGCGCACCAUGAGGACCUGCACGCUGGCGAUGGUGUUGCCGAGCCUGGCCGCGGCCGCGCGCCACUUCGCCCUCGGGCACGUGGCGAGCGCCACCACGCUGGCCAUCCCGCUGGCCACCGGCGCCAUCCUGGGCAGCGCGAUUGGCGGCCCGCAGCUGGCGGAUGUGCCGUGCGACGAGGAGUUCCGGACAGGCCUCUCGAUCCUGCUCUUCGCCCACGGGCUCUGGUCGUGCUACAAGGGCGUCUGA